UUAUCUUGAAGAAAUUGAGACAAUUAAGAUAUCUUUUGAUGGCGGUGCUACAACAAUGAACUUUGCCGAAGCUGCACUGUUGAUUCAAGGCUCUGCAUGUAUCUACAGUAAAAAAGUUGAAUAUCUUUACACCCUUGUCUACCAAACCCUUGACUUACUAGCCAACAGACGAAAACAACAGCUUCCAAGUUCAUUAGACAAUGAAGGCAAUGAUGAAGAUGUAUCGGUUGCUAAGGGAAACAUAGAUCGAGAGUUUCUGUUGCUGGAUGACGUUAAAGAUUCUAACAAUGUGGACAUGAAAGAUGGCGAUCACAAUGAUAAUGUAAUACAGCUGAUGGUGCAGACACCUAUGUCACUGCAGAAAUUAGAUGAUGUUAAUAAAGACACACCUCUACUCAGUCAGAAAGGAGAGAUGCUUGGGAACCGAAGUGAUUUCCGUUUUAACACGGGAAGUAUUCUACCAUCCGGUCUUCUGUUAAUGGACACAGCUCAACUGUUAAAUAUAGAAGCCUCGCUUGGUGGCGUACCUCAAUCAACACCAGUGGUCCUUGAUAAUGAUUUUACAGUCGAGCUGCCGAUGCAUGAUGCUAUGCCUAAAGUCCCUGACAUUCCUGAAGCAGAAAAUGGUAUCCCCGAACCACAUGAUGUCAGUUUGGAUGAUGUAGAGAUGGGAGAUCCAAUGGAGCAUUCAUUUGAGGAACAGGAACAGCAGGUUGCUCAUCGAAUGGAACUAAGGUCAAGGGAGCGAGAGCCAAUCAAAAUUACUCCUGCUAAAGUCGUUGACCCAUGGCAAGCACAGGACCCUCAUGAGGGCGAUGCUAUGUUACAUAAACCUUUCAAAAAAGGUAACCCUGCCAAGUUGCCUCCUCCGUUGGAAACAAGUAAAAAACGGAAACGAAGGAACACACAAGAUAAAGCGCCAUUACAGACUUUGACAGAUUUCAUCAGUAAAGCUUAUAACACCUAUAGCAACAAGCUGCCAACUAGCGCCCUCAAGAGGCCGGCAUUCAGGGAGCUUGAAUAUUUGUACUGGCAAGAGUUUAGGAGGCAACAGCAAGUGUUCAGAAAUGAGAAGAAAUCAUUGGCCAGACAAGGUAGAUACCAAGAACUGGUAGAAAGGGAACGAGAAGAUGAAGAAAACCAAGCUGAAGGGGAAAGAGAAGAAAAUCCACUACCCUUGGCCGAUGACAAUGGGCCCGAUGAUUUUGGAUUUGCAAACGAUGACAUUGAUGACGACGAUGAUGAUAUUGAUCAACAGGCUGGGGGUGACCAUGUCAAACCUAGUGAAACUGAAGAGCCGCAUGUAUCUAGUUAUGAAGACUUAGUUCGACAUCAUGUGGAAUCGUAUCUCGAUAGUGCCCAAAGGUUUGCCCAGUUGACAGAGCUGUCUAAAAGAGUCUCUGAGUGGGAAGACAAGAUGGCUCCUCUGCUAAUAAGAGAGGAAAAAUUUGGAUUUUUUGAUAUACAUGAAUACGGAACAAAAGUGCUAAAGAAACUUGCUGAGGCAAAAGACACAAAAGAGGUCAAGUUCAAGGAGGUCGUUUCAGACACCAGGAGUUAUGAUGUGUGCCGGUUAUUUUUAUCAUCAUUACAGUUGGCAAAUUCUCGAAAUAUUGAUAUCACUUGUGAUAUGGUUGAUGGUUUAGCUGUAGUCGACUCGAUGCGAUUGACACUCCUACAACAAGAGCGCCACCACGAGCAGCUCGCUAAUUACCUAGCCCCAUCCUUUGCUACAUAAUUAACUGGUGAAAUAUAAUGACUUUUUUAAAUAGUAAAACUCGCAGCAGCUCGCUAAUUACCUAGCCCCAUCCUUUGCUACAUAAUUAACUGGUGAAAUGUAAUGACUUUUUUAAAUAGUAAAACUUGCAGCAACUCGCUAUUUACCUAGCCCCAUCCUUUGCUACAUAAUUAACUGGUGAAAUAUGAUGACUUUUUUAAAUAGUAAAACUAUACAGGUUUUUUAUUUUAACUUUAAUUGUAGGAAAUAAUGUUUUUAAAUUAUUAUUUUUUUUUUUUAAAUAAUAAAACUAUAUGUGACAAAGACAAGCCAAACCAGUCAAAUCCUGUUACAGAGAUAAUGGCCAAAACAUGCUGGAAUGUCAACAUUAUUAAAAUCUAGUUUAUUUGCACUAAACUGUUACCUCUAUAUUUGUAGAUCAUGCUAUGCUAUUAUUUUCCCUAUUUUCAAUUUUAAAACAGCAAUUUUUAACAAUUUGGUGGUGAUUUUUCCAUGAGAAAUGCCUGAAACUUUGAAGGCUGA